CCCAUUUUAAUUAUAAACUUCAAAUGUGGUAAGGUAAAUGUAGGGGUUAGGGUAGGGACGUCCCAAUGAUCCCGGAUAGCGCAAACUGUAGUCCUGGAAUGGCGAUUACAGUGCACAAAACAUUAGGAACACCUUCCUGAUAUUGAGUUGCACCCCUCACCCCUUCCUCAGUGCAGCUCGAUUCAUGGCAUAAUCAAGUGAAAUGUCUCCCCCUGGUGUUUGAAAGAAAAUCCUACAUCUGCAUUGUGACGUUCAAGCUUGAUCCGGAGAAGAUGGCAAGCAGCUCCGAAUGUAAGUGUGUUGAGUUUGCGGUAGUAGACAAGGAGGACAUCUUUUUUCAAGUCGAACAUGACGAUUUAGAGUCGGAUGAUUUUCAAAAGGAGACUAGAAAAUGCUUCCAAAAAAUGAUCCAAAUCAAGAACAAUCGAUUCCUGGUUGUAGAUGAAGACGUUCUCAAGUUUAAAGAGCGGAAUAAGGAGCAAUGCAAAGCAGAUGAUUGCCGGUUCAAUAUCCAACAAUAUAAAAACAAUGACAUUGCCAAGGCCAAUGGAAUUGCUGUUAUUCUCUCUGUGACAUCACCUUGUAAGCAAACUUACAUGGUGUGCUGCAAGAAUGGGGACCAAGAAGGAGUUUCUGCUAAACCACUGGAGCAACCUUUGCCUGACUACAUUGGCUGCUCAAAACAUGAGGCUGUGUUCUUCAUGGAAGUAAUUCCUGGUACAUCUCAGUACAGAUUUCAGUCAUCGCUGCGGACUAGUUCAUACUUGAGCUUUGAGGCUGGACCAGAUGCAGAGCUCAUAAAGUUAGUUCUCAGGCAGGUGCCUAAGGAUGUUGUGGAUGAGAACUCUAAAAUGCGCUUACUGACAUGUUGAGUUUAUGGUUCUUUUGUUAAAUCACUGUAAAUACUCAGUGUUUAUAGAAUAGAAAGUUAUUGGUCCAGUGGGAUGGUUUAUAUAUUUUUUUUAAUGCUUAAAUACCCAUUAUAGAGUAGUAGUAUACACAAGUUCGAUUGCUUAGUCAUUCUGAACAGUUACCAGACGCUGUUUCUACCUGUGUGUAGUCUACCGUCCUCUGUAUACGCUCUGUAUUAAACUGAUUUAAUACAUAAUCAA